CCCCGCCCCCGCCGCACCGUGCCUCCGAGCCGGGACGGCGGGGCGGGCCUUGCGGCCCAGGCCCAGAGCCCGCCCCGGCCUCAGGCCCCAUGUAAAGUUGGCGGUGGCCAAGUCUGAGGCAACGGGGGAACUCACGAGUCUGUUCCUUGCUCACUCGCAGACACCCGCAGCGCCCGGUCUCCUGCACCGCGGUGUCCCCAGGUCCCCAGCCGGGCGCCGUGGGCUGCUGAGGACAGCAUGCGGGACUACGACGAGGUGACCGCCUUCUUGGGAGACUGGGGACCCUUCCAACGCCUCAUCUUCUUCCUCCUCAGCGCCAGCAUCAUCCCCAAUGGCUUCAAUGGGAUGUCAAUCGUGUUCCUGGCGGGGACCCCGGAGCACCGUUGCCUUGUGCCUGACACCGUGAACCUUAGCAGCGCGUGGCGCAACCACAGUAUCCCGUUGGAGACGAAGGACGGACGACAGGUGCCUCAGAGCUGUCGCCGCUACCGACUGGCUACUAUCGCCAACUUCUCCGCGCUAGGACUGGAGCCGGGACUGGACGUGGACCUGGAGCAGCUGGAGCAGGAGAGCUGCCUGGAUGGCUGGGAGUACAGCAAGGACAUCUUCCUGACUACCAUCGUGACCGAGUGGGACCUGGUGUGUAACGAUGACUGGAAAGCCCCUCUCACCACCUCCUUGUUUUUCAUGGGUGUGCUCUUAGGCUCCUUCAUUUCGGGACAGCUCUCAGACAGGUUUGGUCGGAAGAAUGUGCUGUUUUUGACCAUGGCCAUGCAGACUGGCUUCAGCUUCCUGCAGGUUUUCUCUGUGAACUUCGAGAUGUUUACUGUGCUCUUUGUCCUUGUUGGCAUGGGUCAGAUCUCCAACUACGUGGCAGCAUUUGUCCUGGGAACAGAAAUUCUCUCCAAGUCAAUUCGAAUUAUAUUCGCCACCUUAGGAGUGUGCAUAUUUUAUGCAUUUGGCUACAUGGUGCUGCCUCUUUUUGCAUACUUCAUCAGAGACUGGCGGAUGCUGCUGCUGGCACUCACUGUGCCAGGGGUGUUGUGUGGGCUUCUCUGGUGGUUUAUUCCUGAGUCCCCCCGAUGGCUCAUCUCUCAAGGCCGAAUUAAAGAGGCAGAGGUGAUCAUCCGCAGAGCUGCCAAAAUCAAUGGAAUUGUUGCACCUUCCCCUAUCUUUGAUCCAAAUGAGUUACAAGACCUAAAUACCAAGACACCUCAGUCACACCACAUUUAUGAUCUGAUCCGAACCCGGAAUAUCAGGAUCCUCACCAUCAUGUCCAUAAUCCUGUGGCUGACCAUAUCAGUGGGCUAUUUCGGACUUUCUCUUGACACUCCUAACUUGCAUGGAAACAUCUAUAUGAACAGCUUCCUUUCGGCAGCUGUUGAAGUCCCAGCCUACGUGUUGGCCUGGCUGUUGCUGCAGUACUUGCCCCGGAGAUAUUCCAUCUCUGCUGCCCUCUUCCUGGGUGGCGGUGUACUUCUCUUCAUGCAGCUGGUGCCCUCAGACUUAGUUUAUUUGUCUACUACCCUGGUGAUGGUGGGCAAGUUUGGAAUCACCUCUGCCUAUUCCAUGGUCUACGUGUACACAGCUGAGCUGUACCCCACUGUGGUCAGAAACAUGGGUGUGGGGGUCAGCUCCACAGCAUCCCGCCUUGGCAGCAUCCUGUCUCCCUACUUUGUUUACCUUGGUGCCUAUGACCGCUUCCUGCCUUACAUCCUUAUGGGAAGUCUGACCAUCCUCACAGCUAUCCUCACCUUGUUCUUCCCAGAGAGCUUUGGUGUCCCUCUCCCAGAUACCAUCGACCAGAUGCUAAGGGUCAAAGGAAUGAAACAAUGGCAAGCCCAAAGCCAGACAAGGAUGCUAAAAGAUGGUGAAGAAAGCCCAACAGUCCUAAAAAGCACAGCCUUUUAACACUCCUCCCGAAGGUGAAAAACUAAACAGACAGCCUGCGUGUUGUCCGAAACGCUGUCAAUUACCAAGGGCUUUUCUGUUCUGUUGACGUCGUGUCUAAUGUACUCAUGGAUGGGUGCAUCUGUCCAGAGAGACACCUUCCUCCAGGGACACCAAGGCUAAUUGCAGACAGCUUGCCCAUCCCAUUCUAGUGAAAAUUCCAAAGAAGUCAAUGAGUCUCUUGAAUCAGUGGGACUUGGAAGACUAUGCGAAACUUUGUAAGACGGGUAAGGUUGCACAGAUAGAGAUGCAGGUCCGUUUUUCCCUCCUCUCCCUAACUGACAGACUCACGGGAAAAGGAAUAGGUGUUGCUCGGUUAGGAUGCACAAGGCCCUGAGUUCCAUACGAAGAACCAGAAGGAAACAAAACUUCUUCAGAAGAUAAAUGAUUCCAUGGGGAGUUUGAUUUCUCAUCUUUCCUAAGUUACAAAACUCCUUACUGUGAUUGCUUCAACUCACAACAGGAACACAAGACCUAGGGCACCCUAGAGGGAAUGAAGGUGGGAGCAGGUACAUAAGGUCAGCAGUGUGUGGGCGGUGACUACUCAGUCCCACAGCCAGCUGUGCUGUGUAUGUCUGGUCAGAGUCCUGGGCUUGUCCGGGCCGUGAGAAAUCCACUGUUUAGGCCACGGCUUGGCUUCCACUGCUGUGUAAAUCAGAAUCCCUGGCUACCAGACACUUACCUGUGCCUUGAAGGGCAUGUAUGGGUAACAGAGUGCCUCUUCCUUCUCUCAGCACUGUCAUGGGAUUGUUUUGUUUGUCGUCUGUUGUUGUGUCUCAAGUUAUUCACCCUUCAGCAGAGACUUGGGAACAGUGUUUCUCAGCUCAGCAUUACCCUGGCUGGUGUACAGUUGCCGCCAUGGAAGUGCAGUUGCACCUCCCAGCCUUAGCCACUGUCACUGCUCUGAGUGCCCAAACAAUAACACUACACUUGUUCCUUUUACGAUGUAUAAUCAUGGGGAAAUUCAAGAAAGAAAUGUAAGUUGUGUUGACAGUCUCUCAGAGUUGCUGGCUGCAGCCAUGUAACAUCGGCAGGUGUUUUGUGUUCAGUGUGAUUGUCUCUACUGAUUAUGUUGCCAUGGUACUCCUAACGCACUCACUUCACCUACUUUUUAAAAAAGAAUGUGUUUUAUGAAGCUACUGAGUGCCUUGGGCAAUGAGAUGGUUUUAAUAAACAAUGAUUUUUUUAAAUAAUA